AUGAGGAGAAACGAAGGAAAGAACAAACUGGUGGUGGACGAGGAGAAGGCGGCGGAAGCCCUCGACCCCGACGAAUUUGAUGCCCAGGAGAAGCCGAUCGAUCGAAGCCCGGAAGGGCGAUUCCUGAAAUUCGACGAAGAGCUGGGGCGCGGCUCGUUCAAGACUGUAUUUCGUGGACUCGACACGGACUGGGGUCGCUGUCGCUUGUCGGAAAGGCAACGCUUCCGCGAAGAAGCGGAAAUGCUGAAGGGCCUCCAACAUCCGAAUAUCGUCCGUUUCUACGACUACUGGGAACGCAGCGAGAACACGGCCAAACGGAAAUACAUUGUGCUGCGCAUCAACAUCAAGGUGCUGAAAUCGUGGUGUCGUCAGGUGUUGAAGGGACUCUCGUUUCUGCAUUCCCCGAAACUCCUCCAGAUGAUCCAUCGAGAUCUGAAAUCGUGGUUGGCCACGCUGAAGAACAAGAGCUACGCAAAGAGCGUCAUUGGAACGCCGGAAUUCAUGGCCCCCGAAAUGUACGAGGAACAAUACGACGAAUCGGUGGACAUUUAUGCCUUUGGGAUGUCUGCUGGAGAUGAUUUGUUUUAUACACGUGAAUCAAGACGAUUCGGGUACAAAACCGGGGCCUUCCAAAUCCGAAUCCCGCAGACCUAUCCGGAAAUCCGGGACAUUAUCGAUCGAUGCAUCCGGUUACGACGGGAAGAGCGGUGUACGGUGAAACAACUCCUCAACGACGAUUUCUUUUGCGGAUGGUGCUGGGAGGUGGGUCGAGCUCAAGAAUCGGGACACGUCGAUUUGGCCGAGAAUAACCAGGAGUACAAAUUCAAAGAGAACGAGGGCCUCCAAUUCGCCUUUGAUAUUGUCAACGAUUCGGCCGAAGACGUCGUCCAUCAGAUGAUUGAGCAACAGCAUAUCCCUGAUGAGGACACAAGGAUGAUCACCCAAGUCAUCAAAGACAAGGUGGAGCAAUUCCGACGGGAUCGCGAGGUUCGGCACGCUGAGUUGAGAAGGCUGGAAGAAGAGAGGAAAGCGAAAGAAGAGGAGGACGAGGUGAAGGAAGAGCUGCGACAACGGGCUGCCGCUCGAGAAGCCACGGCCACGCUCACCGCGGCCACUCUACAGACUUCCAUCGAGGCGAUAAACGGGCAUGCCGACCAGCCGGAAAUGCCCCCGUUGGCAAUGAGCCCGGAUGGGGAAUCGAAGAGGAAGAGUGGAAGCAAGAAGAAGCACGUCACCCUUGAGAUUCUAAAGGUCGACACCACUGAGAAUGGCACACCCUCGGCGCCGCUGGUCUCGUGCCGGCUGGACACCUCGCUGCGACAGGUCGUCUUCCAGUUCGCUCCCGGACAGGACAAGGCCGAUGAUAUCUCCAACAAAUUGUUCGCGCAGCAGUGCAUGUCCGAGGAUCAGAUAGACACCGUCACCGAGCAGCUCAACGAGGUCGUCAAGUUGCUGAACGAAGACACGCAAAACCAGACGGGGCUCAAGAUUGUCGCCGUGCAAGAACCCGGCCAAACUGUCUGCACGCUCACUAUCAUCACCCCUUCCAAGUCGCAACAAUCUCAAGGAGCCGCCACCAGUGCUGCUGAUGUGGCUGGCGAAAAGUCGGAAACGCCAACUCCAACAACGGAAGCCCUGCCCCCAAUUCAUCUACCAUCUCCGCCCCAGCCUGCCGUCACGAGCAGCACCACUGUCGAGCCAUCACCCCCUGCCGCCAUCCCUGUUGAGCAGCCACAACCCCCUCAACAUCCUCAACAAGCACAACAAGCACAGAGACCCGAAGAACUGCCCACAACUACCGGUACCCCGGCCGUCACUUCCGCUUCCGCAGCCCCUGAACCAUCACCCGCCGCUGCUCCUACUGCUGCUGCUGCUGCUGCUCCUGCUGUCGCUGUUGCUCCUCCCAAAAAGAAUCGCUUUGAGGUCACGAAAUCGAGCCUGCCGCCAGCUACAGUAGACGAGGAUGCCGGCAAGGCCAAGGAUUCGACGGCUGGCGAGGCUUCAACCCCGGCUUCCACCCUCUCAACCCUCCUCCCACCGCCCGCCCUGUCGAACUGCUCAACGGCGUCGUCACCGUCGAACACGGCCUACUCGAAUAACUCCUCCGUCAACAGCAACGCCAGCACGCAUGGACGAUUCUCGGUGCGCACAGUGGCAGCCCCGGAUUCUGGUGUCGGCUCAGCGACAACAUCCGUACACGCUUGCGAGGCUGCCGACCAGCUAUUCAUGGCUUCGACGGCCGCUUCUGCUGCCGGAACUCUGCCGGCCACUGCCUCAAGUACAGCUCCGGGCACCGUGACCGGAUCGACCGUCACGCUCACACCCAACGCCUUGGCCACGCCCACCGAAUCUGGACAGCAGCCAUCCGUCAUCCCGCAACAUCUACAGGCUUCAACCUCUCACACGCCCUCCUCACAUAUCGACGGGCAGCCCUCAAGCACGAAUCUGUUGCUGACGGAUCUGUCGAGUCGACUCAACGAGCUGUGCCUCAACCAAGCUGAAGCCGACGAUGAGCAUCAACAACAGCAAGAAGUGGAGCAGCAGCCGAGUAGCAGCAGUGUGCAGCUUGUCACACUCAACGGGUUGGCCGAUGCGCUCAAUAAGGUGAUACACAAGGAUACGUCUCGGGAUAUGGAACGAGAAUCGUCAGCCAUUCCCCAACAGGGACGCCACUCGCCCACCGCCGAGAUGGAGAUGAGCACAAUGAUGUCGUCCUCCUCGCAGACAUCCCUUCCAACAGCCGUCAUGUCAACAACAUCACUCUACGACAAUAAUUGGGAGCAAGAAGAAGAGAAAACGCGACGAACACAGUCCGCCAAGGCAUCCACUGCACUCGCCAAUCUCGAUUCAGCACUCGCUUGUGCUCUGGCGAGAACAGCAACAAGGACAGGAGCACAUACACCAUGUCUUGGACAAGGACAUGAUCAUCUACCAUCCACAUCAUCGACAGUACCCACCAGUGGGGAUGGAGGAGCAGGAGGAGCUGCAGGAGGAGCAGGAGCUCAUUUCCAUCUUGGAUCUCCGCCUAUCCAUUCCCCAAUGAUCCCGCACUCUGAUCAGGAUCAUUUCGACUACGAUGGGGGUUUCGAGGAGGCGUUCGAGGCAGAUUUCGAGAAUGAGGAGAUUGUCAAGCAGUUCCGAGCACGACAUCUACGGGAAAGACAAGAACUCAUGGAUAGACAGCACAGGGAGAUACAGCAGGUUCGCGCCCACUUCUUCCACGCGCGUCUCCUCUCCUCUUCCGGUUCUUCUUCUACGGCAGCUGCUGUCCCUCCUCCAGCCCGUUCCUCAUCUACAGCCCCAUCUACCGUACCCCAUCAGGCGUUGAGUGGCGUGUCUCUCUCCCUUCCCUCCUCUCCGCCACCUCCAAAUAUCGUGUCAUCAUCGGCAGCUGUUGCUCCCGCGUCGUCUCUAUCUGCUGCUCCACCCGCCUCCACCUCCUCAGCCCAUCAUCGUCAGUCAUCAGCCCCUCCCCUUCCGCCUCCAUCCACC